GUUGCCUCGGCCCGCGAUGGAAAAAAAAAAAACCUACCCCUUCGGUGAUCAGCGGGAACGCCGCGUGCAUUCUUCAUGGGUGGUCAAUUUGGUCAAUGACCUGGUGACUCUGCAGAAAAAGAACAGAAACCACCAUCAGAUCCCCCUGUGACAAAUGCUUCAGCAGGAAACUACCUCGGAGGACAUGUAUCCAACAAACAAACCCCUUCCCCUCACCACAACUCACUACUGGCCAUGAGAUGAAACAUCCAAACGUGGUGGGAGCCUGAAGGCACUGUAAUAACAUAACACCCCAUCAAUCAGCUUUCACUCUCAGGCUCUUGGAUGACUUCAUGUAGCAGCGGAGACAUGUCUUUCGCCCUCCUUAUUAUUAAUAACAUGACUGUUUCGAAAACGGUGCCGCCGCCAUUCAUCCGUAUCGUCACUCUCAAUUUUGACGUGCAGGAGAUUUCCCAUGGCCGUGCUGGGAUAGGCAGGGUGGUGUGGAUCGUAGAUCUGCCACCGUGGAAAAUCCGUUUUUAUCGGGUGUCAGUGCGAUGGACGUGGUUCGAGGUGGUUCAAGACGAUAGGGCCAAGCGACGACAGCUCCUACGACGGUGGACAGCGGAAGGGUUUGCGAUAGAUACCUGCGACAUUUUAUCUUUUGCAAAACUUGUAACAUGUACAUGUGGAAGUCACCCUAGCAUGCAUGCACAGGAAGACCAGAGCGCGCCUUGUCUUUGAUCUGGAGAGAAUUGAUGCCAGGUCUGCUGCUGGAUAUUCUGUUUGAAGUUCUGGUCCUGGCACGGAAUUCUCAGCAUGGCCUCUUGGUUUCUAAUUGUGCCGCAUUGUAAUGCUUGAGGGAGAGGAUUGAUGUGCGCAGUAUUGCGUAUAUAGUAUGAAGAUAUCGAUGAACGGGUUGGGCAGACACAGGAUAAUAUUCAUGGAGUGCGCUGGGCCGAAACAAAUGCUUAUCUCUCUUUUAACUUAUUUAGCUCCAAGUGUACAUUUAUUCCCAGA